CGUCCGUGAUCAACAACAGUUCACACGCGUGUUCUACGAGAAAACUAAACCAAAAUCUCCAAUGGCGGAAGCAGCAGCAAAGGAGGUCGCCGGCGCCGCCGCCGCCGCCGGCGACAUGAUCCUGCUGAUCAGCUCCGACGGCCAGAGAUUCGAGGUGGCGCAGGCGGUGGCGAGCAUGUCGAGGCUGGUGCGCAACAUGGUCGAGGACGAGUGCACCGACAACGGCGUCCCCCUCCCCAACGUCCCCUCCGCCGUCCUCGCCAAGGUGCUCGAGUACUGCAGCGAGCACGCCGCCGCCGCCGCCGCCGCCGGCGAGGAGGUGGAGGAGCUGAAGAGCUUCGACGCGGCGUUCAUCGAAGUGGACAACGCGACGCUGUUCGACCUGAUCCUGGCCGCGAACUACCUCAACGUGCCGUGCCUGCUGGCCCUCGCGUGCCAGCGCGCGGCCGACCUGAUCAGGGGGAAGACGGUGGAGGAGAUCAGGGCCGAGUUCAACAUCGCCAACGACUUCACGCCCGAGGAGGAGGCGGAGAUCCGCAAGGAGAACGCGUGGGCCUUCCAGGACUAG